UAUUACGAAACAAAUGUCAUCAUGUAAUGUUUGCCGUGUAAACAGAGAUAGCUGGAGUUACAGACCCCUGUACGUACACACGUGUUUAAUUUUCUGUUAUAGACUGUAGGACAGCACUAACUCCCGCACUGUUAGGAAACUAAAAAACCCGAGAGGGAUGUGUGUGCUCAUAGAAGACGUAGUGGACGCUGAGAAGCUUUAGCAGACAUUAUGAAUGGUCAAAGUACUGCUCCUGGUGCCAGUAAUGGCAUUACUCCACUCCAGCAGAUGGUGGCGUCCUGCUCCGGAGCCAUCCUCACAUCUCUGUUUGUCACACCUUUGGAUGUUGUGAAGAUUAGACUUCAAGCACAGAAGAAUCCAUUCCCCAAAGGUAAAUGUUUCGUCUACUGUAAUGGACUCAUGGACCACAUAUGUGUGUGUGAAAAUGGCAACUCCAAGGCCUGGUACAAAGCUCCCGGUCACUUCAAUGGCACACUGGAUGCCUUUGUCAAGAUUGUGCGCUGUGAGGGAAUAAAGGCAUUGUGGAGUGGUCUGCCUCCAACUCUCGUGAUGGCAGUCCCAGCUACAGUGAUCUACUUCACGUGUUAUGACCAGCUGUGUGCAGCACUCAGGGUCAGGAUGGGCGCCCACGCUGAGGAAGCUCCUCUACUGGCAGGAGCUAUCGCUAGAGUGGGUUCAGCGACAGUGAUCAGUCCCCUGGAGCUGAUCCGCACUAAGCUGCAGUCUCAAAAACAGUCGUACAGGGAGCUGACCGACUGCAUCCGUUCGGCAGUGGAGACGGAGGGCUGGCUGUCUCUGUGGAGAGGUCUGGGACCCACGCUGCUCAGAGACGUGCCCUUCUCAGCCGUGUACUGGUACAACUACGAGAAGGGCAAGAGUUGGCUGUGUGAACGGUACAACACCAGAGAACCCACAUUCACCAUCACCUUCAUAUCUGGAGCGGUGUCUGGCUCUAUUGCGUCCAUUGUAACGUUACCUUUUGAUGUUGUCAAAACAAGAAGGCAGGUGGAGCUGGGAGAGCUACAAGCAAGGAAUUUGUCAUGUCAGGUCUCAUCCUCCACCUUCAGUGUGAUGAGGAGGAUUGUGGCUCAGGACGGCUUUGUUGGACUGUUUGCAGGUUUCCUCCCCAGGCUGAUCAAAGUGGCCCCGGCCUGCGCCAUCAUGAUCAGCACUUAUGAGUUCGGAAAGGCCUUUUUCCACAAGCACAACCAGGAGAGGAUACUGAGGCCGCUGCAGACCAGUAACACCUGAUAGUUUAUUGGUCAUUUCUCUUCAAACCAGACACCACUAUGAAUACUGCUACACUGUACCUGGGAGGGAAAAGCUAAUGUUGCCAAAUUGAAGCAAAAACAAGCAGAAAAAGAAAUUAAAAAUAAACUGCUUGACACUUUUCUGCAAAAAAAAUUAUGGAUACAUUUAUAGUAAAAGCUUUUUAUUAUAGUAUUUAUAAUUUAAAGUUCCUUGUUCUUAUGUUCACUGCUAUAAAUCCUGUGUGCACAACUGAGAAGAAUUUAUUUCAUUUUAUCAGUGUUCAAAUUACGUGAUGUUAGAUGCAUUUAGUAACCAGCAGAUGGCAGCCACAGUUUUAUUAAUAAUUGGUAAUUUCAUCACUGGCUGUAUGUGCACUGUGCCUGAAGCCCUUACAUUAGAAAUGUAAGAUUAAUCCUGAUUUUAUUCCUUUGUGUGUGUCAAUGUUCUUUCCCGACACCAAGAGAGGAUCUUAAUGUUUUUGCACUUCCACUCCGACCCUCUGUAAGCUGUGAAGAAUACAUGUGUUUAUGUCAGAAAGACAAACACACACACACACACAGAAGUGAAGUGUAAAGUUAAGAGAGUGUUUUUUUUAUCAGUUUGAUAAGAGACCGCAGAAGAGGACUGUGACACGUGUGAACUAUUAUGAAAAUGUGAUGCCUCAAAUUUCUUCUGAAAUUCUUUUCAUUCAUUGACUUCAUUUAAGCUGCUUCACCAUACCUGUUCAUUGUGUACAAUAAAUUCAAGUUAUCAGUAGCAAACUUUCA